AUGUCUCGAAUACGACCGGGUUGGCACGCAUUUCGCCCGCCUGUACGAAUCAAUCGAACGCUUACCUCCUUCCACCGCCAUGUACAAACGCGCUCCUACCAACAACUCCCCUUUGGACGCGGCCCGCAAUACAAGCGCUUCGCCUCGACUGGCGGCAUCGCGGGCUUCUUGAUGCGCUGGGCCGGGCGACCCACUUUCUACCGCGAUGUUGGCCUCAUAACAGCAGGGACGGCUGGAGUCUACGUCUACAACCUCGAGGAGGUGCCUGUGUCUGGAAGGCGCCGAUUCAACAUGAUAUCGCCCAUGAUGGAGGAGAUGCUGGGCAAGUCCACAGUAGAGCAGGUGAGGCAGCAAUAUCGAGGCCGAAUUCUUCCGGAUAGCGAUCCCAGAGUGCGACUAGUCAAGCGGGUGUUGGCAAGGUUGCUGCCUUAUGCAGAGGGCGAAGGCUUGAAGAAUCUGGAUUGGGAGGUCGCUGUGAUUGAUAGUCCUGAGCAGAAUGCGUUUGUUGCACCGGGCGGCAAGGUCUUUGUCUUCACGGGCAUUCUUCCCAUGUGCAGGGACGAGGAUGGGAUUGCGGCAGUGCUGGGGCAUGAGAUUGCCCAUGUUGUCGCACAUCAUACCGCCGAACGGAUUUCGCAAGCCCCUCUCGUAUUACUCGCUGUCCUCUUCCUCUCCCUCUUCGACAUAUCGUUUUACACUGGUAAAAUAGUCAUCGACCUCUUUCUGUCCAUGCCCGCCUCUCGCAAGCACGAGGGCGAAGCGGAUUACAUUGGACUGAUGAUGAUGGCUCAAGGAUGUUUCCGGCCAGAAGCCGCCAUGCAGUUCUGGGCGCGCAUGGAAAAGCUGGGCCAGCAUGGGCCACCACAGAUUCUCUCGACACAUCCAUCCCAUCACAACCGGGAGGCCAAGAUUAGAGAGUGGUUACCCAAGGCCAUGGAGAAGGCGGAGAGUUCGGAUUGUGGGAUGACGGGGCGCUAUGCCUUGAAAUGGAUAGCAUACUCUCAAAGAAAGCAGUACUUGGCCAACCUGUAG